AUUAUUAAUAUCUGCAAUUGAACCAAACCAAAUCAAAACAUAACCAUAAAGUGUGACCUCCACCGAACUCUCUUCUCUUCUUCUCUACCAUGUCACUCCCACCACCGAUACCACCACCGUCCCUAGCAACUCCACCGAAAGCAAGGCCAACGGAGCUACCGAUCCGGCAGAUUCCGGGAAGCCACGGAUGGCCGUUGCUAGGUCCCUUAUCAGACAGGUUAGAUUAUUUCUGGUUCCAGAAGCCAGAAAACUUCUUCAGAACACGAAUGGACAAGUACAAAAGUACUGUGUUCCGUACCAAUGUUCCACCCACGUUCCCUUUCUUCACCAACGUUAAUCCUAACAUCAUUGCAGUUCUUGAUUGUAAGUCUUUCUCCCAUCUCUUUGAUAUGGACCUUGUUGACAAAAAAGAUGUUUUGGUUGGAGAUUUUGUUCCUAGUGUUGAAUUUACGGGAAAUAUCAGGGUUGGUGUUUAUCAAGAUGUUUCUGAACCUCAACAUGCUAAGGCAAAGAGUUUCUCCAUGAACAUUUUGAAGCAAAGUUCAAGCAUAUGGGUACCAGAACUGAUAUCAAACCUGGACAUAUUUUUGGACCAAAUUGAAGCCACACUGUCCAAUUCUUCAUCAGUAAGUUACUUCUCCCCACUGCAGCAAUUUCUGUUCACGUUCCUAAGCAAGGUACUUGCCAGAGCUGAUCCUUCCCUUGAUCCCAAAAUCGCCGAAUCAGGCUCCUCCAUGCUCAACAAAUGGCUUGCAGUUCAGCUUCUACCGACAGUUAGUGUCGGCACCAUCCAACCACUCGAAGAAAUCUUCCUCCAUUCCUUCUCUUACCCUUACGCUCUUGUCAGUGGAGACUACAACAAGCUCUACAACUUCAUUAAACAACAUGGCAAGGAAGUGAUAAAAAGUGGAACAGAGUUUGGGUUGAGUGAAGAUGAAGCAAUCCACAAUUUGCUUUUUGUGUUGGGUUUCAACUCAUAUGGUGGGUUUUCAAUUUUUCUUCCAAAAUUGAUAGAUAGCAUAGCGAACGGUCCAACCGGUUUGCAAGAGAAGUUGAGGAAGGAAGCGCGAGAGAAAGGCGGUUCUACUCUUGGGUUUGACUCGUUAAAAGAAUUGGAACUAAUAAAUUCAGUGGUUUAUGAAACCCUUCGAAUGAACCCACCGGUUCCACUUCAAUUUGGUCGAGCCAGAAAAGAUUUUCAGCUCAGCUCAUAUGACUCCGCGUUCAAUGUGAAGAAGGGUGAGUUAUUAUGUGGGUUUCAGAAGCUUAUAAUGAGGGACCCGGUCGUGUUUGAUGAACCGGAACAAUUUAAACCGGAACGGUUCACUAAAGAGAAAGGAGCCGAGUUGUUGAACUAUUUGUAUUGGUCUAAUGGGCCACAAACCGGUUCGCCAAGUGGGUCCAAUAAACAGUGUGCAGGUAAGGACAUCGUGACCUUCACCGCGGCGUUGAUUGUGGCACACUUGUUACGUAGGUAUGAUUUAAUUAAAGGGGAUGGUAGUUCCAUUACUGCCUUAAGGAAGGCCAAAUGAAGAGUUAGGGUUGGUUUUCAACGUCUGUGAUUAUCAAAGACAUAUUAAUAUAUUUAUAUUUUUCUUUAUAAAAUUGAGCUUGUAUUGUAUUCAUUCAUAGAGUACUUGAUUAGAAAAUUAUGAUUAAAGUGA